CCAGUAUUUAGAAGCAUUUUCGAAAUAAAAGUACAACGCGACUCGUUAAUAAGAAAUCUGUUCGACUAAUGAUAGAGCGAUUCGUUCGGCAUAUUCGCUUCGCGCCAAUUAUCGUGUGUCAUUGCUUCGCUCGAGUCAUUAGCCGUCCGUCGUAUCGUUAAUUAUUAAUUAGAUUAAUCGAGUAGCCUUCUCGCAGCGACUAUAUCCAUGGGACAGUUGCUCUCGCUACGUUUGAUCCAGUAUUUUCCAGGGUAUAAUUAGAAGUAAAAAUUGCCGACUAUUACAGAAGUCAUUAUAUUCAUCACGCACACCGAUAGGAAGAGUUUGAUACAAAAGCGGUGGCACACACGGUGUUCGCGCGAUUCUUUCAGUCAGUUUUGAGAUGACGAGACAUCUGAGAAACCUGUUGAAAUUCUGUUUGGUGUGCGUUUGCUUGUUCGAGUUUAUCGCAGCCAACGCACCGCUGGUAAAAGUAAAGAAUGGAACGUUGUCGGGUCUGUUUAUGAGAACAAGGAAGGGCAGGGAAUUCGCCGGAUUUCGGGGCAUACCGUAUGCGCUUCCACCUGUUCGAGAACUCAGAUUCGAGGCUCCGAAACCGGCAGCUGCCUGGGAUGGAGUACGAUCGGCUAAAGACGAUGCCAACAUAUGUGUUCAAAGAAAUAUCUUCACCUACGACGAUGCGAUCGUCGGUGACGAGGAUUGUCUUUAUCUGAAUGUCUACACACCGAAAGUGCCCACUGCGGAAGACAAAUUAAAGGGAGGAUAUCCGGUUAUGAUUUGGCUGCAUGGUGGCGGAUGGGUCUGUGGCGCUGGUCAUUCCGACUAUUAUCAUCCUAAAUUCUUAUUGGAUCACGACGUGAUUCUCGUCGCCGUAAAUUACAGGCUCGGGCCAAUAGGAUUCCUGAGCACGGAGGAUCUAGUAUGUCCUGGAAAUAACGGAUUAAAGGAUCAGGCAAUGUCCAUUCGUUGGGUACACGAGAAUAUAGCCGUCUUCGGUGGUGAUCCAAAUCGCGUGACCAUUUUCGGGGAAAGCGCGGGUGGUGCAAGUGCCCAUUACCACAUGAUGAGCGAUUUGUCGAAAGGACUUUUCCAUCGUGCUAUCUCGCAAAGUGGUACCGCCGACUGUCGCUGGGCCGUGGCUAAACCCGGUUCGGCGAGAAAGAAGGCCACGAAGCUGGCCAAACUUCUGGCUUGUCCUUCGAAAGAUUCGAAGCAGCUCGUCGAUUGCCUGCGUACGAAAGAAGCCACUGAACUUAUUGCAACCGAUCGAUCUUUUCAAGAAUUUUCUUACUGUCCGGUGAUAUACUUCAAACCUGCGAUCGAACCUGUUCACCCUGGUGCAUUCUUAACGGAAGAUCCCGCAGUUACGUCGAGGAACGGCCGCUUGUCAGACAUUCCGUGGAUGACAGGAAUUAUGUCCGAGGAGGGAUCGCUCAUAGUACCAGGAUUGUACGGACGAGACAACGGAGAAUUGGUUAAGAAGCUGGACGAGAAUUUCUUGGAUCUCGCUCCGAUGACGUUGGUGUUCGACGAAACGUGUCGUAAAGGCGAAGAGAAACGCGUGGCCGCCGAAAUCCGCAAGUUCUAUUUCGAUCAGGCUGCCAUUGACAAUUCCACGCGAUUCCAGCUGAUCAACAUGUUCAGCGACGCUUGGUUCACUCACGCGGCUCGCACUUCGGUGCGCAACUAUCUGGAGAAGCAGUCUUCUCCCGUGUAUUAUUACUAUCUGUCGUACAGAGGAAGCGCAUCCUUCAGCAGGAUAUUUGGCGAUGCUAACAAUAAUUACGGAGUAUCUCACGCGGACGAACUUCAGUAUCUGUUUCCUGUCGGAGAACAAUUAUUCAAGGAUAUACCGCUGAGCGAGAAGGACCUCGAGAUGGUGGACGUUCUCACGAGCCUUUGGUACAACUUUGCGAACUCCGGCAAUCCUACGCCGGAAGUGUCGGAGCAGAUACCGAUCAAAUGGAAACCGGUUAGAACGCAGAAUCUCGAGUAUCUUCACAUAGGACAAGACGACAUUCGGAUGUCGGAGAAUCUUCUGCGGGAGAGAAUAGACUUCUGGCAAGCUUUACCGGUACGAGUGGAUUUUGACACCCAACGUCAAUGGAAAGACGAAUUGUAAAAAAAAAAGUACUUUUAAAAAUCACGGGCGCGAUCGUAUCGCACGAUCGUAUUUGCAUCGGAGUCACGCAAAAUUGUCGAAGGUCGAUACUCUACCAUCGGGAACGAUCUUGCUUCGGCAUACAACCAACGAUUUUACGUACAAUAUAUGCUUUUAAUAUUCA